AUGCCCACACUCAAAAUAUUGACUGAAAGUGAACUUCGUCAAGCAGUUCAAUUGAAUGCCGACGCGAUCGAAUGUAUUGAAUCGGCAUUCGCUGCGCUUGCCAGCGGCGAGGUUGUGAUGCCACCGAUUCUUUCCAUGGCAAUUGAGGAAUUCAACGGCGAAGUUGACGUAAAGACUGCCUAUGUACCAGGAUUUGAAAGCUUUGCAAUAAAAAUGUCGCCGGGUUUUUUCGACAAUCCGAAGGUGGGUUUGCCGAGCACGUCCGGUUUGAUGGUGCUAUUUGCAGCACGCACUGGAAUGCUCGAAGCGGUUUUGCUGGACAAUGGCUAUCUGACAGAUAUUCGGACUGCUGCUGCGGGUGCUGUUGCAGCGCGUUAUCUCGCGCGUUCUGAUGCUGAGAGAGUUUGUAUAGUCGGAGCUGGCAGACAGUCACGCUUGCAGCUUGAAGCAUUGUGUUUGGUACGCCCGAUUCAAUCAGCGGUGGUAUGGGCACGUAACCACGAUCGAGGUAAAUCAGCGGCUUUGGAGCUCUCUGAAAGCCUUGGCGUGUCUGUAACGUUCGGUUCCGACCUGAAAAAGGCCGUCAGCUCAGCCGACAUUGUGGUGACAACUACACCUUCCGCAGAUCCGCUGGUAAUGGCUGACUGGCUGUGUGCUGGUCAGCAUAUUACAUCCAUGGGGUCUGAUCAGGCACAUAAGAAUGAGUUGGACCCUGGCUGUUUUGCUGUUGUCGACCGGUACGUGCCGGAUCGGCGUUCACAAACUGAAAAACUCGGCGAACUGCAUCAUGCCCUAGAGGCUGGGACAGCAUCCGUCGGAUUCAAUAUUCCCCGAACUAGGCGACAUUGUUGCCGGCAAAGCGGUGAGAGCGUCGAAUCCGAUGAGGAAAUCACACUCUGCGACUUGACUGGCACUGGAGUGCAGGAUACAGCAAUCGCUACAUUUGCCCGCAUGCGCGCUGAAGCGGUUUCUGCUGGCAUAGAUAUUGAGGUCUGA